AUGAACUCAUUGUCCACGGCAGCACCCGUCAGGGUCGUUGCCCUCCGUCAAUCUUACCUGCACUUCACAGUGAGCACAUACUCAAGGUGUAUCGCGACCACCGGACUACAAUGUAGUAGCCUCGCCAUCACCAACAAAUGCUCCAGACAACCCGCCCCGAAACGAUUCAUUUCCUCAACCCCCCAGACCCAAACCAAGGGGUUCUUCCCGCCUCCGACAGCUCCCAGCGUGAAGGAAGUACCAACAGCCUGGGCUCAUCCUAUCUACGCCGAAGAAGAAAUGCAGAGGGUUGUCGUCGGCCACCGAGAAGCACAGAACUGGGCGGACUGGGUUGCGCUGGGAAGUGUGCGUGUGCUCCGAUGGGGCAUGGACCUGGUCACAGGGUAUCGACACCCAGCGCCAGGGAAAGAGCACGAGGCCAAGUUCCAGAUGACAGAGAAGAAGUGGUUGACGAGAUUUGUUUUCCUGGAGACUGUGGCGGGUGUACCAGGGAUGGUGGGAGGCAUGUUGAGACAUUUAAGAAGUCUUAGAAGGAUGAAACGGGACAACGGAUGGAUCGAAACCCUUCUGGAAGAAGCAUACAACGAGCGGAUGCACCUACUGACCUUCCUCAAGCUGGCCGAACCCGGGUGGUUCAUGCGGCUCAUGGUUCUUGGGGCACAGGGCGUCUUCUUCAACGGCUUCUUCCUUUCGUAUCUCAUCUCGCCACGUACCUGCCACCGUUUCGUCGGAUACCUUGAAGAAGAAGCCGUGUUGACCUACACUCGCGCGAUCCAGGAUCUCCAGACCGGACGACUCCCCGGGUGGGAAAAGCUAGAGGCUCCCGAGAUGGCGGUUCGGUAUUGGAAGAUGCCCGAGGGAAACCGGACCAUGAAGGACCUACUCUUGUAUGUUCGUGCGGACGAAGCCAAGCACCGCGAAGUGAACCACACCCUGGGCAAUUUGAACCAGGGGAUGGAUCCCAAUCCUUAUGUCGCCAAGUAUAAGGACCUGACGAAGCCGCAUCCAAGCAAGGGGAUUGCACAUUUGAAAACGACCGGAUGGGAACGAGAAGAGGUGAUUUAA